CUGCUUCACCUUUUCACUUGUCAUCCCACGGUCUAGAUCAUGAACAAUGGCGGAGACGGUCAGAUCCCCCGGCAAUAUUCUCUCAAUGAACUUGUUCUCUCCGCGGCCAACGGCGCCAUGAGCCCCGAAGACGAGUUCGCCAAACGAAGGCAGCGCAUCGAGGCGAUUAAGGAAAGGCUGCGGAGCGCCGAAGAGCAAGUGGAAAUUGAAUAUAUGCAGUAUCUUGAGAAGAAGGAGAAGCUGCAAGCGGAGGUACUGCGAGGGCAACUAGCAGCUCAGAGGUUGCAGGAAUUGGAAGGGACUGUGCCAGUCCAAACAAAUACGAUUCUCCCCGUGGCGGGCCCGUCUACCGCUUGGCAGUCUCUCCCCACAUAUCAAGUUGCCCCUCAAUCUGUACAACAAUACACCGAGCUACCUUCUACCGCAAGGAUAGUCGAGGUGCCCUCCCCCCAGAUUUCGCCACAGGUCCAUCCACACGCGCCCGUCGCGUCAUCGUCACGUAGCGAUACCAUUCCUGCUCCAACAUAUUCCCAAACGCACAAGCCUUCCCUUCAUCUUCCUCCGCCGAGUUUUGCUGCAUCGUCUCAGCCCGCCCCCGUCUCCCAGCCUGUUACGGAUUGGACAGCGUAUGGUGCCGACCCUAAGGUCAUGAACCAGCAACCACUUGGUCCGCAUCUUCAAAGGUCUUCAUACCGGCCUGUUCAAUGGCCAGCAUCCAACGCUUCAUAUUACCAAUCGCAGACCUACAACUAUGCGAGCCAGCGACCAUCUUCCGCUCCGCUUGUACCUCCCGUGCCCCACUCCUCACAAUACAAAGUCACGCAGAGCUCGAGUAGUGUGCCGCAGGCCGGGCAUGUUGCUCCUAGUGGAAUGCAUUCUGUCGGAAGUUCGGCCACCCCGGCGGCUCGCACAUCGACACAGGCGAUAGUAGACGGUGCCAGUCACGCGAGGCAAGCGCACAACUCUGAUGUCAGCCACACAGACCAAACUUCUCCAUCGGAAUCCGCGCAGCAUUAUCCUACCCUGCCCUCAAGUAUCCCCCCGCACCAUCAACGGAUGUUGUUCGAGUAUCUCGAGCGACUCGAUGAUCCCAUUAAGCGAGCGAUCAUGGUGCUAGUGUUGAUGAUGGCGGAACGAAGAGAGAAAGGGAGGCAGAAAACGGCAGAGGAGAGAGUAUUGGAGGCGAGGGUCGGCCCAGCGAUCAUCCGAAGCGCUCAAACAAUCGCAGACGCGUGGAAAAUGCAUGACGCCUCCCAAAUCCAGCGUCUGUUUAGUGAUUACAUCCAAUGGCUGAACAGUCGUAGGCAGGCUCGUAAAGCAGCUGCAGGCGAAGCCGCAAACGUCGAGCAAUCUCAGCCCAGUCAAUUUGUACAGCUGGAUCCUGCAAUGUCGGCUAGUUCUAGGGCUGGGGUUCCACCAGCUCCAUCAACUGGUGCCCGUGCUCAGCAAGCAUCUGUGCCCCUUCCCGCGGUGGCUGAGCCAUCUCCAUUUACAUCCUCGUCUACGCACACGAAUGCUACUCCUGCUUCUACCAGCACCCUUCGCCCGACCUCCGAGCCGUCUAUGGCAACAACAUCACGUAUUGUACCAGCUGAUCGGCUCAGACCCUUCCCAUGGUACAGAUCUCGCGAUCCUAACGCCCCCGUCCCGUUCUCGGACGACAAUGGCCAGGUCUACUGGCUGCCCCCCCAUGCUGUGCCACAAUCCAAGCCCCCAGUCCCAGGCCCCUCCACACUGCCCAUUCCAAAAAUUCUUCCUCGAACAACAGCAUUCCCACAGCGAAGACCCGCCUCCGAGGCGAGGCAGUCGGCGCUUUGGACGCCGGAGAAGGCGGACAAGAGCAGGCUCGCGCAGGACAUCAUGCGCUCGCUCGGGCGUCCAAAGGGUGCGUUCGGCGCGCCUCUCGUUGAUUCGCAUUCUUCUUUUAUUCCUUGGUUUGAGGUAGUUGACUCUUCCUCAGAGACCCCGAGCACUACCUCGACGGGCAAACGGAGAGCGUCCCUCACGCCGUCUGCGUCGCCAACGACGAUCGCAAAACGGCCACGACUUGAGUCGGAGGUGGAGACGAGGCUACCGAUCGUGCCCGCUUCUGACGUCCAGCCCGACGCUACCAUCGAGGUCGUUGCGCCAGCUUCCGAGCAGGGUGCCGAGUCGCCAGUCGCUGUUGCUGUCGUCGAGCCAAUACCUCCCGAUCCUGCGCCGCCACAAGCCGAUGAACCUAUGGAACGCGAUGUGGAGGCUGCUGAAAAAGCAGUCUCCGAUAUUCCUGAGGCAGGGCGCGCCCAGAGUAUCCCAUCAUCCGAUGGUGCCCUCGAUCUCGUUCAAGAUAUGUUGGUGGCGCCGCCGGACACCGACCCUGCAGCUCCUCCUUCCUCGGACCCCUAUCGGGGCUUGCCCUACUCUCCAGAUGAAGUUGUGGGUCCCGUCGAACCCCUGGGUGGGCUCGGAGCCCAAGAGCUCCAUAACCUCCCAAGCACUGCUGCCCCGUCCGCGGCCCCUUCGUCCUCGCAUCCUUCGUCCGUAGACGGAUCAAGAGCAACCCCGCCGCCACGGUCCUCAUCACCGUCUCAGCGUGAGAAGACCAAGGAGAAAAUCCCACUGUUCCUACCUUCGCCCUCGCCCACGAGCACCGUGGACGAACACAACCGCCCAGACGGGUCUCCCACGGUGGACGACGUUGACAUGUGGUCAGAUGCUUCUGAGCCCCCUCGUUUACCCAGGCACUUGAAGGGAAAGGGGAGAGCGGUCGAGGACGACGAUGUGACUUCCGAGACAUCGUCGGUUAUGCCCGGUGCCACUUCGCGAGUACGUCGACGUGUGAACCGGGCGUACGUUCUCGUGCCUCCUUUACCGCAAUAUGCAAGACGGAAGACUGCGCUGGUGUCUCGGUCCGGAAGUGUGGCGAGCGGCAGUCAGAAUGCCAGUGCGAGUGCGCGGAGUGCUCGAAGCACCCAGAGUGCGAGCAGGAGUAGAGGUGCUACGGCCAGCGUUCACGAAGGCGAGGGGUCCAUUGACGAGCUUGCGGCAUGGCAUGGUGGGUCGUUGUGCAUGGACGAGAGCGACUGUGGCAAGAGCGUUGACCAGAUAUAUGACAUGUUAGUUGACGAGGGCAUGGUAGCAGCUGAGCCUCAACGGGAUAAAGAGGAGGUCGAGGCGGAGGCGGAAGCUGAACAACUCUCUUUCACUCGGCUGCGGCAAACGCCCUGUUCUUGGUCCGAAUGCGGGGUGAUCUUGAACUCGGCGACCACACUGCAGAAGCACGUGGCGCUGCAUGCGGAUGAGAAUGAGGAGUGGGGGACGUUCACGUGUCGCUGGAACAAUUGCUUCUCAACACAUUUCGUUGAUAAGCAGAGUCUAGUCAAGCAUGUCCAGAAGCACACCAAGUCACCACUUUGGUGUGCGUACGAAGGAUGCGAUACGUCCUACGCGUCGCCUUCCGAACUUUGUCGCCAUCAGCAGUCAAGCAAGCAUCAAGACGGACAGCUUCGCAGAUCAUGUCUGCCUGCACCUCCCCCUGAGAGAAUGGACCCGCUGCCACCUCUGCCUGAUCAUGUCCCGGCGUACAUGUCCGUUGAGCGUCGGGUUGGUAGGCAUCCCACUUCGCGAGAACGGCAUCAAUGGCUCGGCCCGAAGGUUCUCGAGAAUAUAACCUCCUUCAAGUACACCGGCCGGCGUUCGAACGCAGCCUUACCCCUGCGCGGGUCCCGGCGGCUAGCCGAAAAGGUCGCUGCAGCAGAAUUGGCCGCAGUGCCCCCGGAGAGCGCGAUUGACCAGAUUAAGCGGUGGAUUGACGACGAAUACCUCGACUUUGCGGACGGGUACGACGCGUCGAGACGCUACCGCGUUUGGUGCGCGGACAUCCCUUCGGGGGAGAUCACUAGGAUGGUGGACGAUGGUCUCGUGCUCUGGGCCGACGGACGAGAGGACUCGGACCAGCGCGAUCAGCACGCGGAAGCAGAUGGUCCUGGAGUGGAUGGCGGCGGCCAGGAACCUGCAGGAGAAGGAGAUGAGGACGCGGAAGGCGAGGAGGACGCAGAAGGCGAGGAUGACGCAGAAUUCGAGCAAGAACACGAACACGAACGCGAACCCGAGGAGCCGCCACCACCACGCGUCGCGGGGUCGAGCGACGAAGGCGCAGGCUUGGAAGGUUCCCCUGUCCGCACCGAGGUCAGCGGUGGCGCUGAUGGUGGCGGUCGACCAACCCCGAAGCCCAAGCUGCCGUUACCCAGAAGAUCGCAAGUCCGACUGUUUAGUGCUCGACCAAAUCGGACAGAUGAUAGUCAUGACGUCGAAGGCGUGGCAGGCAACACCGAGACAGAUGCAGAGGGCCGUGGUGAACGACCGUCAACGCCGGCUCCAGUGCCAAACUCUGUGCCUGCAGCACCGAGCCCAAACGCCCCUUCGUCGCCGCCACCCAUCUCGAUGCCGGAGCCGAAGCCGGAGGAGCCUGUGGGAUCGGUUUGGACGGCGUGGCCGCCGGCAAAGGAAGGGAGCGUUGGGCUGCGGUGAGGGCCCCCUUCGGGGGAUAGCGUGGGCAGUUAGCUUAGCUACCGAAGGACAUGUGGGAAUGUUGGCGAGGCUAGAAUCUGUUGGAUAUGAGAGCGAUCAGACGUGGUGUGUG